AUGAUAAUAUUCAAGAAAAAGAGGGUUCCGAAGGAUAACUUCCCUCCUAAAGUGAUUGUGCGUGCCAACGAAAAAGGCUGGAUGAAUCACGAACUGAUGAAGACAUGGCUCCUUGAGGUGUGGAACAAAAGGAAACGCUGUGUCAACGAUCCGUCCCAGUCAUUGCUGAUAUUGGAUUCUGCAAGGUGCCAUCUCACAGAAGACGUCCGAGAGCUUUUCAAGGAGCAUUCAAAGAUCGCGGUCAUUCCAGGCGGAAUGACCAAAUAUCUACAGCCUCUCGACGUCGGCAUCAACAAGCCCUUCAAAGACAAUCUGAGGGCAGGAUGGGAACGAUGGAUGGCCGAUGCAGCACGAGCAAGAUACACAAAAGGCGGUUUUGCCGACGAAUUUGGGCGCAUCCCUUCUUCUAACUUCGGUCAUCAAACCUCGCAGCCCUACUCCUCGUCUUUCAAACGAUUCACAGGCCAAGCGCCUGAGCCUGUGCUUGACACUGAAACUGAUGAGUGUCGCCAUUCAAGUCUUGGGCGUCCACGUACGUGUGGUUGUGGGAGGAGAGCGAGUGAUGACGGCGAUAUCGUUCCUGAGAUGAAUCUUUCUGGGAAAUCAAGAACAGGAAUAUAUAACAUGUUAGUGAUGCAAAUGAACAAAGAAUAA